AGAAAAAAAUAUCCUUAUAUUUUGUAAAAACUUUAAAUCUAACAUUGUCAUUUUCAGAUAUGCAAACGUCAUUACUAAGUUUUUUCACCCGCACCCCGAAAGGGUCUCCUCAGCAGCCCAAGGGAUCUCCUAAAACCCCCCUUGGAUCUAAAGUAAGCAACGGAAAGGGAGAUCAGAAUUCGCCUCUAUCAUCUAAAUCUGCUAAUGCCAAGGUUGGCGCCAACCCAAAAUACCCUCCAGGUUCCUUGGUUUGGUCUAAGCUACAAGGUUACCCUUGGUGGCCGAGUCUUGUCUGCGAUCAUCCGACAGAGAAACGAUCCUUCCGCAAACAAGAACUUCACGUUCAGUUCUUCGACGAUCCCAUCACCCGGGCCUGGGUCAACAUAGAUCUGAUAAAACCCUUCAACGAGAAGGUUGGGAGGGGAGAGGGAGCAGAUCAGACUUGGGAUAAAGGGUUGAAGGACGCAGAGAAGGUUGCGGAGCUGAGUAAUGAGGAGAGGUUGGAUCUACUCCUGGUCCAGCAUUUACCUAGCGAUGAUGAGUGGGAGGAGGAAGUUGAAGAGGAAGUGAGUCCCGGAAGUAAAGAAAACAAACCGGAAGGAGAACCUGUCAAGAAGAGGAGAAGAAUUAUAGAGCUGGACAGCGAUGACAGCGGAGACGAUGAAACCUUUAACCCGACCAAGAAGGACCUCCAGGAGCUUGAGGAGGAGGAUCAUGUGACCUCGGACGAGGAUGAAGCGGAAAGUGAACCUGAACCUUCAUCCGAGGACGGAUCUCCAGUAAAAUCUGGGAUAAAGAGGAAGAGAAAAGAGAACUCUGGUCCAAAGAAGAAACCCAAUUUGAUCAAACCUGUUUCAACUCCAGUUAGUAAAUUUGCAAAGAUGAUGGCAGGAGGCUCAUCUACUCCUGGUCUGUCCUCUCUCUCUCCGAGCAUCUUUGGUUCCAAGUCCGACUCCUCCCCUCUGCCUAGUGUAGGCGAGAGUACUAAGAAGAAACUUGCCAUGUUCGGAGCUACUGCUCCGGAGCCGGAGGAUGAUGUUAAAAGCUUUAAACACACCGAGCUUCCCUUUCUCCGACCGGAAAACAUCAGAGAUGCCGACGGACGAAAGAAGACGGAUCCUGAUUACAAUCCCAGAACUCUCAAGGUUCCAGAUUCGUUCUUGAAAGACCAAUCUCCGGGUCAAAGACAGUGGUGGGAGCUGAAAUCUAAACUUUUCGAUGUUGUUCUUUUCUUCAAGAUGGGGAAGUUCUACGAGCUGUUCCACAUGGACGCCGACAUCGGGGUAGCAGAGCUCAACAUUAUCUAUAUGCGAGGAGACGUUGCACACGCCGGGUUCCCUGAGAUAGCUUACGGAAGGUAUGCUGCUACACUGGUGGAGAAGGGUUACAAGGUUGCAAGGAUAGAACAGACUGAAACUCCUGCAGAUCUUGAGGAACGGUCUAAGAACGCUCCCAGAGGAGUGAAGGUUGACAAGGUUGUACGGAGAGAGGUUUGUCAAAUGAGCAGCAAGGGAACACGAGUCAACAAUUAUCUGGACAGUGAUAACUUCGAAGGGGAUCCUAGAUAUCUUCUCGCUAUCUGCGAAAACUCCGGAGCAACCCCAACCUUCGGGGUCGCUUUCGUGGACACCACAAUUGGUAUCUUCCACCUUGGACAGUUUUCAGACGACAAGAAUCUCUCUAGAUUGAGAACUCUUACAGCUCAUUUCCCUCCAGCGGAGAUAUUGUUUGAGAAGGGUGGACUCUCCAACACCACAACCACCUUCCUUACUUCCAGCCUACCCGGAGCCAGGAGGGAGGGUUUAAAGAGAGGUUCAGAGUUCUGGGAGUCGGAUAAAACUCUAAAUGUUCUUGUAGAGAAGGAGUAUUUUACUGGAGAGGGUGAUGAGAUGGUUUGGCCGGAAGCUCUUCAGGAGUUUAUUGAUUGCUCUGACUCCAAGGUUGCGCACGCAGUUAGUUCGGGAGAACUCGCUGUGCGCGCUCUAGGAGCAAUUGUGUGGUAUUUAAGUGCAGGAUAUUUGGAUCAGGAGCUUCUUAGCUUGAAGAAGUUUGAAGGAUACGUUCCUGUAGAUUUCUCCGUCCCACCUCCUGCGGAAAAGAUUAAAACUGGACCCACAGGAAAAUAUAUGGUUCUAGAUGGAAUAACUAUUCGUAAUCUCGAUCUGGUCUCGGGUCCUACUGGAGAUACUGAAGGAACACUACUUUCGAGGUUGGACACAUGUCUAACUGCUAUGGGAAAACGUACCCUGAGACACUGGGUUGUGACCCCCUUGCUCCAACCCUCCGCUAUCAAGCAACGCCAGACAGCCGUGAAGGAAUUAAUGCAGUUGGGAGAAGCCGGAGAAAUUCGAACCCAGCUCAAGAAGGUUCCAGACCUGGAGAGACUUCUCUCCAAGAUUCACACUGCUGGAGACAUGAAGAGGAAUCAGUCCCAUCCUGACUCCAGGGCUGUCAUGUUUGACGGGAACGUGUACAGCAAGCGUAAGAUCAUGGAUUUACUGAUCUGUCUUGAUGGAUUCAAGAAAUCUAUGGAAAUCAUGAGUUUACUUCAGGGAAAGGAGUUUGAAUCUAAAGUUCUAAAGAACAUAACACAGUUUGAGAGUGAUGGAGGUGAGUUCCCUGAUAUGUCGGAGCUCCUUCAGUUCUUCGACAACGCCUUCGACCAUAACAGCGCCAGAAAGGAGGGGAAGAUUAUCCCUAGCGAAGGAGUGGAUUCUGAUCUUGACUCUGCUAACCAGGAGCUCAAGCAGAUCAAGAAGGAGAUGGAUGUGUACUUGAAGGAGCAAAAAACACAUUUCGGAUGCGAAGUCAAGUAUUGGGGAACUGGAAAAAACAGGUAUCAGCUUGAGAUUCCUGUAGAGCGUGUAAAGAAGGCAGGGGAGGAGUACACCCUCGCCAGCGGGACCAAGAAGGUCAAGAGGUACGUCACGGAGGAGACGAAGGAGUUUCUGCUCCGUCAGCAGGCCGGAGAAGCUUGUAAAGAAGCAGCUCUUCAAGAUAUCCAGAGGAAGAUGUUCUUCCAGUUCUCCAAGCACGCGAAUAUCCUGAGGAAAGCUAUUGGUUGCAUCUCUCUCCUGGAUAGUUUACUCGGCCUAGCAGGAUAUAGUAGUAGUCUGGAGACUAGUUGCUUCCCGGAGAUAUCCGAGGAUGCGUCCCAGUCUAUAGAUAUCAAGGAGGGGAGUCAUCCCUGCUUAGAUCUUAAAGGAGAGGCGUUUAUACCUAAUGAUACUUUGCUGGGAGGAGACAGAACUCUCAUCAUUUUAACCGGACCUAAUAUGGGUGGUAAAUCUACCCUGAUGCGACAGACUGGUCUGCUCGUUAUCCUGGCUCAGAUAGGUUGCCAGGUUCCGGCCUCAGAGAUGACCUUGACUCCAGUAGAUCGUAUCUUUACUAGGUUGGGAGCUCAGGAUAAUAUUAUAGGAGGAGAGAGUACAUUCCUUGUAGAGAUGCAGGAGACGAGCACAAUUCUCCAGCACGCCAGUCAACACUCUCUUGUUCUUAUUGAUGAGCUGGGUCGUGGAACAGCUACAUACGAUGGAACUGCCAUUGCUGGUGCCGUUGUGACAGCCCUGGCUAAACGUGGCUGUAGAACCCUGUUUGCCACCCACUACCACAGCUUGGACCUGGAGCAGACCAAGAACGUGUUCUCCGCUCACAUGGCCUGCAUGGUGGAGAACGAGGGCCACGAGGACAUCACCCAAGAGACGAUCACUUUCCUGUACAAGCUCGUGGACGGACCCUGUCCCAAGUCCCAUGGUUUCAACGCGGCCAAGUUGGCCGGCCUUCCGGACUCCAUCAUCAGACGAGGGUUCGCCAAGGCCCUAGAGUUCGAGGAGAAUGAAAAGAAGAACAGAAGCGUUUAAAUAUUCAUUCUAAAACCUCCCAUUUUUAUACAAACAGUUCAAACUUAUUUUAUAUUUUCGAAAAUUAUAUUUUCCUGUGUGAUAUUUUAAAGUCAUGUAUAUCGAGUCUCUCUCCAUGGUUCCUACUUAUGAAAAGUUUUAUUUAUUGCCAUUUUUUUAGA